AUGGUGGUAUCAGGUGCAGGUGCCUUGCAAGCAGUUGUCCUGUGCGGUGGUCUGGGCAAUCGCAUGACCGAUCUGACGGAUUACAUCCCGAAAUGUAUGCUUCCAAUUGCUGGCGUAAUUUUGGUGGUUGCCGAGGCAUUGUUGGCCGAAAUAAAGCAACUUUUAUCUGGCUGCACCUUGCCUCCGUUGCCUAAUUUACACAUCGAAUUCGUCUCACUGGGCACAGAUGCUGAGAAUUGGGGAACUGCCGAUGUAUUACGACAUAUUGCUGAUCGUAUCAAGAAGGAUUUUGUGGUUGUGAGUGGAGAUUUUGUAUCAGAUAUGAGUUUAUCGCCGAUGCUGGCAUUGCAUAGUGCUGAAAAUUCGGCACUGACAUGUCUUCUGACCGAUCGUUUUAUCACGGGCCCUGUUCCUGGCCUAAAAGCCCGACAAAGCGUAGGCUGUGAUUUUAUCGCUCUUGCUAAAAAUAACCAAUUGUUAUUUAUUGGUUCCGAAGAAGAUUAUGAUGAGGAAGUGCCUAUGGAUCUUAUUCUUCUGAAAAAAUGCCGAAGUGCCUUAUUUACCACAGCAUACAAUGAUUGUCAUGUUUAUAUUAUGAAAAAAUGGAUACUGAAUUUCAUCAAAAUGCACAGAAAUUUUACAUCACUGAAAGCAGAUGUUAUACCGUAUAUUCUGAAGAAACAGUUUACAAAAGACGGGCUUGAGCUGGUCGAGAAUGAACCAGUGGAUCCGUUAAGCGAAUUGGUGCAAAAACUAAGCUUCGGUACAGCAAUUGCAAGUCGAAAGCAGCCAGCAGUACGAUGUUUCGCCUAUAUACUAACACAGGAGAAUGGUUAUAUUAUUGCGCAUGUGAAUACAAUCGGAGCCUAUUUUGAAGUCAAUAAAGCUAUUGUUCGCUUUUUAUCAUCAAGAUUUUCGGAGAAAUUUCCAACCGGCCAAACAGUUGAUACUCCGAAUACGCCGACCGGUUUCGAAUGUUACGUUAGUGCAGCGGCACAAUUUGCCGUAGUGCAACAUACAGCUGCUGAAGAAGGCGAAAUCGCGAAACCGUUGCUGCGAUCCGAAAAACCGAUCAUCAAACGUUCCGUAAUUGGUGCCAAUAGUAUUAUUGGAAUGAAAACGAAAAUUAUCAACUCACUGGUAAUGGAUGGCUGUAUCAUUGGCCCU